AUGACGAGUUCGGUUUUUAGCUGUGACUGGGCGAUUUUGCCACGUCACUGCCCAGACGAUUGCCUUGAUUGCGCCACUCGUCCGGAGAGGCUUCUUGGUGGAGCCAUCCAGGCGGAUGCGGUGGAGCGUCGCAGGAGGACGGUGGUGGAUGAAGCGACGGCUGCUGCCGAUGCCGAGAGGGUGGUUGAAAGGGAUGAGAUGGAGGAGGCGGCGAGGAUCGCCGCCGAAGCCGAUCGUCGGGAAGACGCUGAGAGAGUGAAACAGAAGGAAGGAGAAGAGCAUGAGUCCGGUGACGAAACCGGCUCUGACGAGGACGAAGGAGCAGGGUCGUCAGGACAAGCGAGACUCGAGGGCAUCCCGGAUGUAAUCAAGAUGCCGAGCCGUACACUGCCUACCGGCCUAAUCCAUGAUGGGAGGUCGUGGAUGACGGAGGAGAUUCUCCAAGAUCUCAUAGCAGAGGCCGAGUUCCGUGAUUCCGUGGAGUUUCGUAUCCCAGGCUAUCUUGAAAGGCCCUACGACGUUCCGGCUGGCUGGAUGUGCAUUUACGAGUGUAUGUUCACCGAAUUUGGGAUGAACUUCCUUCUGUCUCCUCUGUUUUUGCAAUUUGCGGCUGAUCGUGGCAUUCCUACGAGUCAACUGACCCACGGCGUGGUUCGUCACAUCGUCUUUACUGAGGCCCUAGCUAGAGCCGCCGGAGUUUUAUUCGAUCGCCUUUUGUUCGAGCAUAUUACUGAUCUCCGGGCUCCUUCUUGA